AUCGCCAACUAUAGGAACUCGGCUAGUGCCACCUCUAUCAUGUUAUUGAACAUCAUGUCUGUGUAGAAGUAAAACAAAAGUCGGCAGAACCAUCCUGUUCCGAAACGGAGUCUUUAAGAUGGAAGGCGAGGAGGAGAGGGGUGUUGUUCGUGUCAAAGUCAAGAAAUGUGAUGGGGCACUUCCUGUGGAGUUUCGCUCCUUUGCUGUUGAUCCCCAGAUAACAUCACUGGAGGUCUUGCAGCACAUACUUAUCAGAGCCUUUGAUCUGAAUGGGAAGCGGAAUUUCAGCAUCAGUUACCAGUCCCGCGAUCGCAGUGGUGCUGAAAUGUAUCUGUCUCUGGUGUCUGACUGGGACUUGGAUUUUGCAUUUGUCAGUGCAGCCAGACCAUUUCUGCAGCUCAAGAUGGACAUAAAGCCUUCAGAGGACAGUCCUGUUUUGGAGGACUGGGACAUCAUAAGCCCCAAAGAUGUGAUUGGCUCUGAGCAGCUUCUUACAGAGAGGACUAGGUCUUUGGCAUCUGCAGCUCUUCCCUUCACGCAGUCUCUACUGUCCCAGGUGGGCAGGACCCUGAACAGGGUCCAGCAGGCCUUGAGCUGGUCUUACGGGGAGGAGAUCAAGCCUUUCAAGCCCCCUCUGAGUGACGCUGAGUUUCACAGUUACCUUAAUGGACAGGGUCAGUUGACCCGGCCUGAGGAACUCAGACUGCGAAUUUACCAUGGUGGUGUGGAGCCUUCACUGCGGAAGGUGGUUUGGCGUUACCUCCUGAACGUCUACCCAGAUGGACUGAGCGGACAGGAGAGAAUGGACUACAUGAAAAAGAAGACGAGGGAGUAUGAUCAGCUAAAGAGAGAGUGGACAGCCCGGGUCAGCCAUGAGGACCUUGAAUUUAUCCGUGGGAAUGUUCUCAAAGAUGUCCUGAGGACGGACCGGGCUCAUCCAUACUAUGCAGGCUCAGAGGACAGUCCACAUUUGACUGCCCUCACAGACCUACUCACCACAUUUGCCAUCACUCAUCCACAGAUAUCCUACUGUCAAGGCAUGAGUGAUAUUGCCUCCCCUAUACUUGCUGUAAUGGACAACGAGGCGCACGCCUUCAUUUGCUUUUGUGGCAUCAUGAAACGCUUAGAAGGAAACUUCCGGCCAGAUGGGCAGCUCAUGUCUAUUAAGUUCCAGCAUCUAAAGCUGCUUCUGCAGUACUCAGAUCCUGAAUUCUACUCUUAUCUGGUGUCCCGAGGAGCUGAUGAACUCUUCUUCUGCUACCGUUGGCUUCUUCUUGAACUUAAGCGAGAGUUUGCAUUUGAUGACGCUCUGAGGAUGCUGGAAGUUACUUGGAGCUCUCUGCCCCCAGAUCCUCCUGAAACCGAAGUGGAGCUUCUGGGGCCACCCCUGGAAGCUGAUGAAACGAUGUUCUGCAAUGUUAAGGACAAGACGGUUGAGAACUGCCUCCGAGAUGAUAAGGAACAAAAAGAGAAGCAGCGUAGACGGCACAUGCUGCGGCCUUCAAGAGAAGAACCAGACAUGAACAUAAAUGCUGUCAUUGAAGAAAUAGACAGGCAAAAUGUGGGCACUGGAAAAGGACAUGAGGGUGGUGAAUGUGAUGAUAAUCAGGUGACCGUGCAAAAGGCAGAGGGUUCUCACUUUGAGAGGCAGGCUAGUUUUGGGGAGUUUAAAUACUAUACUGCCCGAAAUGAAGACAGCUUUGAUAUGGAGGAUUGUGAACAGCAUCCUCCAUAUCAACAGGAUUUGGUGACUUCUGAGUCAGUAACGAGCAUCUCAAGGCGCCAGUCCACGAUUGACAGUGAGGAGGACCCAGGAGAGCAAACACCUCUAAUUAAAAACUGUGACAGUACUGUCUCUCCUCUGUUCCCAAGCAACCAACCAGUCUGGAAAACCGGCUCCUCUGUCUCUCCCUUAUCUUCAGCAUCACCAUCUAGUUGGCCUGGUAUUUCUCUAGACUCUCCUCCAAAAUCCACAUCACCAUGCACAACCGAUGAAAUUGAACCCUUACCAAGAACUGGCCCAAAAGCGUCAGCGUCGUCUACCCAGAUGCUCAGCAGUACACACAUCAGUUCACCCACAACCCCCACUGUAAGAACAUCUGUUGCCUCUCCCUCUCAUACACAAAACAAAUCCCUGCUCUCUUCACCCAUAUUGACCUUUGGAAGAGGAACAUCACUGUCUGGUUCCAGGUUAUCCUCCAACAAUCUCCCCUCACCUGGCAACAAAUCUCCCAGCACCACAGCUAACACACCCAGUUCUCUGAAAGCUGAGACCGCUAGCAUUAAACCGUGUUCCUUGCCACCUCCUCAGGAGUUUGGUAAAGGCAACCCCUUCAUGCUGUUCCUGUGUCUGUCCAUCCUGCUGGAGCAUCGAGACCACAUCAUCAAGAACAGCUUGGAUUACAAUGAGUUAGCCAUGCACUUUGAUCGCCUUGUGCGACGCCACAACCUGGGCAGGGUGCUGCAAAGAGCCAAGGCGUUAUUUGCAGAGUAUUUGCAGAGUGAAGUGUGGGACUCAGAAGAAGGGGAUGAGGUUAGCUCAGACUCCCCAACAACAGCUGCAGCUGCUCAGCACUCCCCAUCUUCAGCAGUCUCUGCCAGACCCUUUUACAGCCCUUUAGCAUCUCCUCAGUCAACAUCUCCAAAUUCAACCUAUAAUUUGGCAACCACCAUUACUUCUCCAGUAGCUCAAGAUUCACUUUCCACCAGUUCCUGAUUCUGUUCUACGUCACUGCCUGCCUUUCCUCAGUGAACUCGUCAGUAGGUUGUGGGAGGUGUAGAUCUUUUAAGGCAGCGUCCCACAUUGAGCUGGGCACUUUAUAAUCUUAUCAUUCUGUCGCUGACUGAAUACAUAUAUUCUUUAAAGUCAGUAUUAUUCCUUGUUCUUGAAGUAGGGAUGAAGGAGCUUCAUAUUUCAUUGGAUUCUGUUCUAAAGUUGAUGAUUCAUGAAACUGUGAUUCAGGAAUUUGUCAGACAGUAAGGCUGUCUGAGUUUUACUAGAACACAACAAUUUAGCCACUUGGUGCAUUUAGCCUAUGUUGCCCUUUUUAUUAUAUUUGUUUACAAGCUGAUUUUCUGUCCAAGAAGCCAUGGAAGUGUCUUAACUAAAACACGAGAGUUAAAUUAAUUACAAACAUGACAGGGGUGGUUUCUUGAAAUCUAGACUCAAGUCAUUGCUUUCAUCCAUCCAAAGUACACUAGCUGCUAUAUGAUUGCCAUGAUUUUUGUGUAUUUUGUUCUUGUUUUUUAAUAACCCUGAAUGUGACUCAGCUACUGGUACAUUUUGCUUUCAGUUGCUCAUAAAAUAAAGGCCCAAUACGAAUGUCGGCCUGUGUCCCUAAAAAUGUAAUCUGAUUCUCUACAUGAAUCAUACGGGAACUGGAAACAUUCUUAAAACAGGGAUGCAAUUUUAAAAUUAUUAGAGGAACUUAAUAUUACCAUCAGCUGCUAGCUAACUUUGGCCAUUCAGCAUAGGCCACUGCUUUGAAAGCUAGCAAGGAGUUGCUUGCUAACUAUGUAGUUAGCAUGUUAUUACCCAGCUUUUGGCAUCUUUAAAAAGAAAAUUGCAAAAGAUGCACAAUGCAGCAAAUGGCAUCCCAUGCUUGAGUCGAUUCCUGCGUGUCAGAAGCAGGUUGUCCUCUAAUACACUGAAUUGAGACAACUAGUUGUGAACUGGUGCCAUACAAAUAAUAUUGAUUUGAAUUGAAAAAAUACUUUGCAGUGAGUGAUCACACUUAAAACAUGACCAUAGCUGCAUAUGUAUUGGCCAGUAGUUCCUAAUAGAAUGACUGUGCUCCAGAUGGACGGGUUUAUUUACAAAUAAAUACUUUAUAGGUAAACUAAUACAGCAUGGAGUCGCGAGACUAGCUCUCCAUUACCUCUUGAUCUCCAAAAUGAAUAGAACACACUACCCUAUGCUGAAGAACACAAGAUAGAGGGGUAGGUCCUGAUGGUGGAAUUGAGAUGGGGCCACCAUCUCUGAUCCAGCCACUGGCAGCAUCUCCUCAAACCAUGUUAGUGGUUGCAAUGCUGUAUAAAUCAGUGUGGUUUUAGACCGCCUUCUACAAAUACUAAUUUGUCUCCCUAUGCUGGACAUUAAAACUACAUCAGUAGUAAAGUACUGUACACUGUGUAAUGCUUUUAUGGAGAUAUGUUUCAUUUUAGCACUUUGGUUAUUGCUGUUUCCCAAAGACCAUUUUUCUUCUUUUCAGUUUUCCAGUUUUAAAGAAACAUGGAGACAUUUGUCUAAAAAGUUCAUGUGUUAUCUGAAUGCAUGUCUCAUGUUUUUUUGUUCUUUUGACUGAGACGGUAGAAACUGAAAUCCAGAUUGUAAAAUAAGUUGUUUUUUUUUCUUUUUAAAUGUAACAAAUAUUAUAAUAGCAUGAUGGGAUAUAAUUUAAUGUAACCUCAUAUGACAGAAAUUAUCAGCCAUGGCAACCUUUUGGUAUAAAAGUGCCUCGUGCUUGAAUUACUAGCCUUGAUUUAAUUCAUUUGUGCUCUGUUCACAUAAUGACAUACAGGCUGAGUGAUAUUUAAAUUACAUCAUUGAUUGAAAUUUUAAAUUUUUAGAACGUCUGAUGUUUCUAAGUGUUGGGGUCUGGCUGGUGAGCUGUGAAUUUUAAGUGUAGUGCAAUACUAACAACAUUAAUCAAACUCUUUAUGGAAGGUGUGAUCAGAGUUUCUGGAAUUGGUCUCUAAAAAUCAAAAUCCUUACCUGAUUUAAAUUUAGUUGAUCACCCAUUCAGGAUCACCUCACUGGAAGUCCUGUUAUGUUUCCUUGUACUUGGGUCUUUGUGCUGCCUGCUGGAUUCUUCAUCCGGGUUUUCAUUUAGCACAUGGAUGAAGUCACAGGGAGGGAAAUAAAGGGCCGGUGUUACGCAAAGAUUAAUUUACAGUUCAAGAUAUACUUCUGGCGGGCUGUUCUAAGAGUUCUUCCUCAGCUCAGAACAUUACAGUGUAAUUCCUCAUUGGCGGCAGAUUCAUGCCCCCAAGGUCAAACUUAUACCCCUGGUCUCAUUCCUCACCUGAUGUGCUGCUUUCAGUUUUUGAAACUGGUUUGAGCUUGAGACCCAGCUGUCAUUGCUGGUGCUAAUCCUUUUUGCUAAUUUUAGGUCAGUCAGAAAGAGAAAUUAUAUUUGCUUUCUGCUCAAGUUUGAGGUCUCUGGUGUGCACAGUUAGAGAUCGAAACAGGACUUCCACUGAGCAACCAAAAAGACAUGCUCAAGGAAGAUGAUUUUGAAUGAGGUUGGUCAAAUGUAAAUUAGGUAAGUUCCUCUUUGUUUUGGACCUCAUUGGAUAUGCCUGUGAAAUCAAAUCUAAUGCAGUGCAAUAGCUCUGAUAUAAAGUCUACUUUCACAAAGCUUAGACAUUUUCUGUUUGUGUUGAUGUGAAAAAAAGAAGCAAUUAUGCUAAUAUUGUGGUCACAAUGGGUGGGGGUGGUGAUGUUCUGCCUUCAUUACAUUCUGCAGGUGAUGUAACUAAUAUUUUCUCCACUCAACAAACAUGAAGGGGGCAAAAUGUACUGUUCAAAACACAUUAAAGGCAAACUUUUAAAUCAGA